CCCGGAUCGUGGUUCCCCGGGUCCCGGAGCACGGAGCGCGCGGGGAAAGCCUCCCUCCCGGUGCCACGGCAACCGCGUCCAGGCAACGCGCCCGCUCCGGAGCGCAGGGGCCGCGCGCGCCCCGGGAACCCCAACUCGGCCGGGCGGUGCGCGUUCGUUCAUUGGCCGCACCCCGUGCUUCCCGCGUCCCGUGCCCAUCUCUCGCCCAGCCAGCCAGCCAGCCAGCCAGCCAGCCAGCCAGCCAGCCAGCUAGCCAGCCAGGAGCUCCCAGCCAAGGGCCCCGUGCCAGCCCCGGUGCCACACCAUGGGCCGCCGAGGAGAAGAACCUUCCCUGCGCGUCGAUGUAAAUUAUUAAAAAGAAAAUGGCCCAGCGGAACACUGCAUUUCCUUCUCUUGUCGCCAAGGAAAGGUAUAAUAUAUGGAAAAUAUGCAUCUAAGACGAGUUAGAACCAUGCCCCGGCAUAGCCAGUCCCUGACCAUGGCUCCGUACUCAGUGAGUUUGGUGGAGCAGUUGGAGGACCGGAUUCUCUGCCACGAGAAGACCACUGCUGCUCUGGUGGAACAUGCCUUCCGGAUCAAAGAUGACAUUGUCAGCAGUUUGCAGAAAAUGCAGAACAAAGGUGGAGGCGACCGCCUGGCCAGGCUCUUUCUGGAGGAACACAUCCGAAACAUCACAGCCAUUGUGAAGCAACUCAAUCGGGACAUCGAGGUGCUACAGGAGCAAAUUCGUGCCCGGGACAACAUCAGCUAUGGGACAAACUCAGCCUUAAAGACUCUGGAGAUGCGGCAGCUCUCGGGUUUGGGAGAUCUUCGGGGGAGAGUGGCAAGAUGUGACGCCAGCAUUGCCAGACUCUCUGCGGAGCAUAAAACCACCUAUGAGGGACUCCAGCACUUGAACAAGGAGCAACAAGCUGCCAAACUUAUCUUGGAAACAAAAAUCAAGGAUGCAGAAGGACAGAUCUCUCAGCUGUUGAACAGAGUAGAUGUGUCGAUAUCGGAGCAAAGCACCAAACUGAAGAUGUCCCACAGGGAUAGCAGCCACCAGCUGCAGCUUUUGGAUACUAAAUUUAAAGGCACAAUUGAGGACCUCAGUAACCAGAUUUUAUCUGCCCGGAAUUGGUUGCAACAGGAACAAGAACGAAUAGAGAAAGAACUUUUACAGAAAAUUAAUCAGCUUUCCUUGGUUGUUCAGGAAAACAGUGGAGCCAAUGAAAGGGACAUGGAGAUGAAACUCAGCCAGAUGUCAGCCCGACUUGACAAAAUAGAAGAGAGUCAAAAGAAGACUAUGGAUGUGCAGAGAGCAAAACAGGAGGAGAAAGUGCAUGGGCGGAUCAGCAAGCUGGAGUUACAGAUGAACAAGGACAUGAAGGAAAUGAAAGCAGAAGUUGAUGCUGGGUUUACUGCCAUCUAUGAAAGCAUAGGAUCCCUCAGGCAAGUUCUUGAAACCAAGAUGAAGUUGGAUAAGGACCAGUUACAGAAGCAAAUCCAGCAGAUGCAGAAGCCCGAAGCCCCCAUGUGAAGAGAAUCAGGAUGCAAACCUUAUAGGGGACUUCGCUGGUGAGACCAGGAGCAGACCCCUUGGUGGCGUGGCCUUUGCUGGACUGGGAAUUGUUCUGUCUGUGGCAUGCAUGUGCCAGGAAAUGGAAUUUUCUGGAUCUAAGUGUUUACCUUGAGUCUUGAAAACACCCUUUCUUUCAAAGCAUUAUGUGCAAUUUUUAGUAAUUUAGUCCACCUUUCUCAAUUCAGUGGACUAUUCUCUCUCUCCCUCCCUAGAUUUUGAAAGCCUUUUAUCUCCUUCAUUUUAUGAAUACAAAAAACUUAAUGUACAAGUCCCUUCAGUGCUUGACACCCUAACCAAGAUUUUACUACUUUUAAGUCAAUGUCCUAGUAGUUUUAUAAAAUCAAGGAGCAAAUGAAUUGUCACAGGACUGUGUUAUUUCUUUCCUUAAAAUAUGGAAUGUCCUGAUAAAUUAGAAUUCGAUCUUGGAGUUCAUAUUUGAAUUUUAUUAUUGUUGUCUGUGUAUUCUUUAUAUUGAAUAUCUUCCUAUGUCUGUUCUGUGUUUUAUAAGGGGAA